AUGUCCUUCUCAAAGAAAGCUAACAAAUGUUUUAACCCAAUUCUUACCAAAACGCGCCUCCGUGCUAUCCAUUCGAAUGCGAUAGACCCGCAACUGUCGGAGGCGACAGCCAUGAGGCGCUCUCACAUCCUAAUCAUACCUUCCAAACAGAACACCCUGAGACGCCCUCAAUUCAGGCAUGACGUUCUGUCCGGUAUUACGGCGCGUAUUACCCCCAAGAACCUAAGUCACAAUGCUAGUCCAUACAUAUUUCCCUCUGCACGCAGGGCGGCAUACCCUGAGCGAACUUAUGACACUGUCGGACGUCAAUACCGAACGGAUUCCUUCGCCGAAACGAUCCCCCCAGACUAUUUUACUCUUAAGCGUAGAGGGUGGAACGACCGACGCCGUGACCGCAUAAGUCCAACCGGAGUACUCUUAACAUGUACCCUCAGACUCUCAGUGAGAUCCUCCAAAUCUCUGCAGAAAGCGACUCACAUCAUCACUAUCAUGGCAACGUGGGAUGUCGUAGUCAUCGUCCACCUUGUCAGGAGGUGA